CAGAGAGGAGAGAGACGCUCGGCACUGAACGGGACUCCGCGUAAACAAACGCAGCCGACGGUAUCACUCCGCCGAGGAACGGGAUCCGUGUCUGGGCACCGCCGCAGGGAGCAGAGAAGAUUGAAGAAAUACCACAGAAGAAGAAGCAGCAGCAGACAACUAGCCAGGGAGGAGGAGGAGGAGAGAGGGGAUUUGAGUUUCUGUGUUGUGAAUGAGCACGUGUCCUCCGACAGUGUGACUGAGCAGAGAGGCGGAGCUUCGCUGUAUUUGGGGGCAGACCUUCGCGUCACACACCGAAGAUGGAGAGGAGGAGGAUGGACGCAGCACUGCUGGUGCUGUCCCUGGUUCACCUCGCCGCAACGCUGGAGGUCCCACUAGACCUGCCGCAGCCACCGACCAUAACUCACCAAUCCCCCAAGGAUUACAUCAUCGACCCGCGGGAGAACAUUAUGAUCCACUGCGAGGCGAAGGGCAAGCCUCACCCCAGUUUUUCUUGGACCAGAAAUGGGACCCACUUUGACAUCGACGAAGACCCCAACGUGACCAUGAAGGCCCACUCUGGCACCCUGGUGGUGGACAUCAGCAGAGCGAAGGCCGAGCAUUACGAGUGCGUGUACCAGUGCACAGCGAGGAACCAACAUGGAACUGCUGUUUCCAACAACAUAGUCGUACAACAGUCCAGGUCCCCCUUGUGGUCGAAGGAGAAAGUCAUGCCAAUCGUGGUUCAGGAGGGUGUUUCCCUGACGCUGCCGUGUCGACCCCCGGCUGGCCUGCCUCCUCCCAUCAUAUUCUGGAUGGACAAUUACUUCCAGAGGCUGCCGCAGAGCAGCAGGGUGUCCCAGUCCCUCAACGGAGACCUUUACUUCUCCAAUGUACUCCGAGAGGAUUCCAGGAACGACUACAUCUGCUACGCCCGCUUCCCGUACACACAAACCAUCCAGCAGAAACAACCCAUCUCCGUCAGGGUCCUCAACCUGGAUGCAAUCAAUGACACAAUGGCAGCUUUUUACAAUGACACUGAUUUAUUUAGUGAAGACCCAACAGAUGAGAGGAAGCCAGCCUUCCUCAUCCCAACUGGCCCCUCCAGCUCCAAGAUGGUGUUGAGAGGCCAGGUGCUGGAGAUGGAGUGUAUCGCCGAAGGACUGCCCACCCCUGAAGUAUCUUGGACCAAAGUGAGCGGCGACCUCCCGGCCAAGCGCACAUCUUUCCUGCACUACCAGAAGACCCUCUGCAUUGUGGACGUGUCCGAAUCAGACGCAGGAGAAUAUCGCUGCACCGCCAGGAACCGGCUGGGCUCGGUGCACCACACCAUCCGCGUCAUGGUCAAAGCUGCUCCAUAUUGGAUCAGCGGCGCCCCCAGGAACCUUGUCCUCUCUCCAGGAGAGAGCGGUGUGCUGACCUGCAGGGCCAGUGGCACGCCCAAGCCCUCCGUGUCCUGGGCCAUGAACGGCAUCCCCAUAGAGAAUUCCCCUACGGAUCUCAGCAGAAAGGUGGAGGACGACACCAUCAUCUUCAGUGAUGUGCAGAUCGGAUCCAGUGCCGUCUACCAGUGUAACGUCUCCAAUGAAUACGGUUACCUAUUGUCCAACGCAUUCGUCAACGUGCUCGCUGAGCCGCCCAGAGUGCUGACACCAGCCAACAAAGUUUACCAGAUCAUCAAAAAUCACCAGGCCCUGAUGGACUGCGCUUCCUUUGGGUCACCCAUCCCUAAAAUUACAUGGUUCAAAGACAGUCAGUCGAGUACCCUCGAUGGAGACCCUUACAUCCAGCAUGACAAUGGGACUUUGGAGAUCCACGUAGCUCAAGCUCACAAUAGUGGCAAAUACACAUGUGUGGCCAGAAACACCCUGGGUAUCUCCAAGAAUCACAUAUAUCUGGAGGUCAAAGAGCCCACCCGAAUCCUGAAGCAGCCGGAGUACAAAGUGGUCCAGAUGGGCCGGUCGGUGACGUUUGAGUGUAAGGUGAAAAACGACCCGUCGCUCACCCCCACCAUGAACUGGCUCAAAGACGACGGAGAGCUGCCCGAUGACGAGAGAUUUAUCGUAGACACUGACAGCCUCACCAUCACUGAUGUGACGGAGAACGAUGCGGGGGUGUACACCUGCAUCAUGAACACCACUCUGGACCAUGACUCAGCCAGCGCUGAGCUCACUGUUGUCGAGGCAACGACUCCAGCUGUUGUCUACGAGCGACCCGACGCCCCCACUGACCUGGAGCUGACAGACCAGAAGAAGAGGAGUGUUCAGCUCACUUGGACCCCUGGGGAUGAACACAACAGUCCUAUUCAGAAAUUUCUGAUCCAGUAUGAAGACUCGCUGCACCACAGAGGGCACUGGCAUAAUCUCACCGAGGUCCCCGGCACCCGGACGACAGCUCACCUCAAACUGUCGCCCUACAUCCACUACACCUUCAGAGUUCUGGCCCUCAACGCUGUGGAUUUCAGCCGCCCGAGCUUCCCCUCCAGAAUGGUUAAGACAGAACCUGCAGCUCCAGACGAGAACCCAACAGGUGUACAUGGAUUUGGAACAGAACAUGAUAAUCUUGUAAUCUCAUGGAAGCCGCUGACUGGCCUCCAGGCUAACGGUCCAGGGCUUCACUAUAGAGUGAUGUGGAGGCAGAAGGCGAUGGACAGCGAUUGGACCACAGUGACUGUGGCUAACAACUCCAAGUUUGUUGUGUCUGGAACGCCCACAUUUGUUCCUUACGAGCUAAAAGUUCAAGCAGUGAACGACUAUGGAGCCGGACCAGAGCCUGCUGUUGCCCACGGCUACUCCGGAGAGGACUUGCCGGUAGCAGCUCCAGAAAAUGUGCAGGCGGUGUUGCUAAACAGCACUCUGGCAGAGGUACACUGGGAUCCUGUGCCCACUAAAUUAAUACGAGGACAUCUCAAAGGAUACAAGGUGUACUACUGGAGAGAGCGCAGCCUCCACAAACACAACCCCCAUCUCAUGGAGAACCAGGUCCUGACCUUCACUGGGAACCACACCCACAGCAUGCUGCCUGGCCUUCACCCCUUCAGUCUCUACUCAUUCAAUGUCAGGGUUUAUAACGGCAAGGGGGAGGGUCCCCCCAGCCCCACCCAGAAGUUUGAGACACCCGAAGGAGUGCCGAGUGCUCCUACUUCCCUGGUGGUCACCAACCCCAACCUGGACGCUCUGACCCUUGAAUGGAGUCCUCCUCAUGACCGUAAUGGACGCAUCACCGGCUACACCCUCAAAUAUCAGCAAGUCAAUAACUCCAAUGAGCUGGGCCCAGUGGAGGAGCUGGCCCUGCCCGCCAAUAAGACCUCAGUCACUUUGCUCAACCUCAAGUACAGCACGCGCUACAGGUUUUAUUUGAAUGCGAAAACAGUCAGUGGAGCAGGCCUGGCCAUUUCUCAGGAAGCUGUCACCAUCAUAGAUGAAGGAAACACGCAAACCCCUCAUCCCAUUGCACGGUCUCCUCCACCCGGUCCGCCCCAGGCGCCGCCUGUGAGUCCUUUCGGGAACGUUAGCUCCUCGUUUGGCGAGGACGGGACCCUGAUCAGUUGGGAAUACUGGGGCCCCGAGCAAAACUUUUAUGUAGAGUACAUAGUGAAAAACAAUGAAAGUGAAGAGGAGUGGCAGAAAGAGCCUGUGAACGGCACUCAGAAUGUUAUGCUGAAGGGCUUAAAGGGGGGCCUCUCCUAUAGGGUGCGUUUGGUGGCCAAAGAUCACCACAACCAGCCGCUCCACCACUCUAAGGAGCUGUUGGUCUCGGUCCCAGCUGUGGCGAGCAGACAGGUGGACAUCGCCACUCAGGGAUGGUUCAUUGGCCUCAUGUGUGCCAUCGCUCUGCUCAUCCUGAUCCUCCUCAUUAUCUGCUUCAUCCAGAGGAAUAAGGGAGGAAAGUACCCUGUCAAAGAGAAGGAGGAUGCACACACAGACCCAGAGUUCCAGCCAAUGAAAGACGAUGACUGUACUUUUGGGGAAUACAGUGACAAUGAGGACCAUAAACCGUUAAAAGGGAGCCGCACGCCGUCUAAUGGGACAGUUAAGAGAGACGACAGUGACGACAGUUUAGUUGACUACGGGGAAGGAGGAGACGGACAGUUCAACGAGGAUGGCUCGUUUAUCGGCCAGUAUAGUGGGAAGAGUGCCAGCAGGGAGACUGCUGAGGGCCACGAGAGCUCCGAGGCCCCGUCCCCUAUUAAUGCCAUGAACUCCUUGAACUCAUUUGUGUAGCCAAUCAGACCUCACAGACCGGUUUGAGAGGCUACACGGACCGCUCAAUCCCCCACAUCUCUCUUUAAAGGGCUGUUCCAACACUGCAUGGCUUUAUGAUCACAUCUCCAUCCCCAGUGUCGCACAUGAACAAACACACACAACUCAUCAAAGACAUUUUGGUUUUCCGCUCUGAAGUCUUUAUGGAGACCUGUGGCUCAUUAUACCUUAUGCAGCAUUUAGGAAUGAAGAAGCUCAACCAGGCAUUUGAUUUUUAACAGUGCAUGCAUUGAAAACACCUGAUAUGACCCAAAUCCAUAUUUAAAUUAACACUUUGAUAUUAACAAGUGAAGUGUUCUUACAGGAAACUUCUUAUGGACUAUGCAGUGCUCGUCUCAGCUAUAUUUUGAUUUUGUUUUUGGUUAUUAUAUUAUCUACUAUGUUCAAAUAGUAAUCAGUGUCUAAAGUAUAUGACUAUUACUCAAUGUUUUUUUUUUCAACACAGAAGCUUGGACUGGAAUCUGUUUUUAAUUAUGUAAUUCCAUAAUGUAAUCCCAUCAGUGCACAAGGCAGAUGUACAGUGUAUAUGUAUAUGUAUAUAUAUAAAGUGAACGAUUUGUAAACUGAAUAUUGGGAGCAGUGCACAAAGCAUGCUUGAGAUCUCUGCAUUGAUACGUCCUCAUCUGUCACCACUCUGUUGAAUGAUCCAUCUGCACCUAUGAAGGAGGAAGCUGAAAUGCUGCAUGGCGUGUCACGUGACCUCGUGACCCCCGCAUGUAACCUCUUCUUAUUGAGCUUGAUCUGAAGGCCGAUGGGUCCCUGAAUCCCUGAAGUGCUCCUUCAGCAGGUAGUGCCUUUUUCUCUUCAAAGCAAUCUACGAUUCAAUUAUGAAGUCUCUUCCCAGAAUUCAGUGACUGGAACAGAGACAGUAGUAGGAGUGUGGAAGUCACAUCCAAGAAAGGAUAAGAUAAGCUUGAGAAGAGGACUCUGUGGAGGGAGGAGUAAUUCAUAUACUGUUAUCUUUUUCUGUAAAGAUGUCCCGAUGCCUUGAGACACAGGGCUGGCUUUGAUUCCUCCAAGAAGCUAAGCGCACCUAAAUUGGAUCAGACUAAAACAUCAUUAAAACCACAUCCGGUGCAUUUUCAAAAGUCUGCAGUCAUUAUGUACAGAACCUGAUUGUAUUUCUGCAGUGUAUGAAUGUAUGGAUGUCUGAGUGUGUAGGUGUGCGUGUGCGUGAAAUACUACACAUUAUUCAAUUCCUUUUAGGCAAAAGUUAUUCACUUGUACUAACUACACUUGUGGGCCUUUGGACGGGAUCAAGAUUUAUUUUCUCUUAACUUGCAUCAAGUUUUUUCUUUUUAAUGACGUGUAGAAUAUUUGUUGAAUUUGUAAAUACGUUAAUUGAUUGUACAGGGACAAGCAGCGUUUAAGGCAGCCUAAGAGGCAGAAUUGUGCAUGAUAUGGUUUAACUUGUUGAUAGGGCUGUAUUAAAUAUAGAGUACUUGUAGAGAAUAUAUAUAUCUUUUUUUUUUUUUUUUGCUGUGCACAGUGUACAUUGUAUUGUAACUAACUGGACAGAAAAAUUGCAUAUAAAUUUGAAUUUUGAUUGUUUUCUGAUUUGCUUGUCAGCGAGUUAUAUGACUUUGAUAUUGUACAACAUGUAGUAUUUAGCAACAAUAUUAAUUGAUGCACAGAAUUAUAUUACUCUGAUUUGUAUUGGUUCUACGCAGUCCCACUAUACUGCCAAAACGAUGCUUUUUUUCUGACAGUAUUGCAAAUGGUUUUGUAUUUAAGAAACAGAUUUGUACUAACAGAUGCUUUUCUUUGUCUCUAUUUAAGUUUCUCCUUUUAGUGCAAGUAUGAAAUUCAAGCUA